AUGACUUCUUCAAGCUAUGUUGCUGUUCCUCGGUGCUCGGUGAUCUUCGAUGGCACCAACUAUGCUGAGUUUGUGGGCUUCAUGCGCAUCCACAUGCGCGGUCUUCUGCUAUGGGGCGUUCUCUAUGGUGAGCUCCCCCGUCCGCCAUGCCCUGUUGCUCCCAUGGCUCCUACCCCGCCGGUGCCGCCUAUUCUGGCUGCUGAUGCUUCCCAGGCUGAUCGGGAUGCAACCAAAGCUCUCGAUGAUGCUGCGUUCGAUGCCUAUGAUCAACAGGUAUCAGCUUAUUCAGAUGCUCUUUCUGUCUACCGUGAUGACCUGUCUGCUUACAUUCAAUGGCGCAACGAUGAUGCUCGGGCUGCUGCUAUUCUCACUGCGGCUGUUCUCCCUCAGUUUGCCUCAGAGUUCAUGGGUCUUGGCACUGUUGCAACAAUGUGGUCUUUCCUCUGUCAGCGCUAUCAGCCCUCUCGUGAUUCUCUCUACUUAUCUGUGGUGCGUCAGGAGCAUGCUCUUCAGCAAGGUGACUCUUCUGUUGAUGAGUUCUACACACAGAGUUCCGCCAUCUGGCGCCAUCUUGACUCUCUUCGGACAACUGUUUGUGGAGCUUAUCGUUGUUGCCAGACUACAUGGUCAGACUUGGAGUUUCAGUGUGUCCAUGAGUUCUUAGGUGGCCUUCGCCCCGAGUUUGAGCCUCGACGUGCUCACUUGCUUGCUUGUGGCCGUGUUCCUAUCACAGAGGUACUUGCUGAACUUCGUGCUGAGGAUACCCGCCUUCCUUCUGCUGGUUUGCUUGCGGCUCCUUCUGUGUUGGCUGUCCGAGCUCUUGUGCCAUCUGCUCGUCCCACUGCACCGUCGCUCCUGCCCACACCUACAGAGGGGUGGGUCGCCCUCCUUAUGCCGAGAAGGGCCGGUCACGCCGUGAUACAUUUUGUGGCUACUGCUCCAGGCCAGGUCACCCAGAGUCUGAUUGUCGCCAGAAACAACGAGACCAGAGACGUUCUUCCUCCAGUGGGAGUCCUGCAUCUUCCUCGACUUCGUCACUCACUGACCAGGACAUUAUACAGCUCAAGCGCCUCUUGGCUUCCUUUGGCUCUUCAUUGA